AUGGGCUCAAUUGGCGAACCUGAACAGCGCACAUAUCCUCUCAAACAGCCAAAGAAUCACCAAGUUCCCGUGCCUAGAUGGUCUUUAAAGUUGCCUCCAUCUGUAGAUCGAAUAUACACAAUCUACGUUGGAGCACAAUGUCAUAGAGGCAAUACUGCUGCUCGAGAAAGGGCCGAGAAGGUGAUUGAAGACAUCCUGAACUCCAACUCAACUCCUCCGAUCAUCGAUACAUUCCGAGUCACGCAUGGCUUCGACUUGGUAGACUCCAGAGUAUGGGUCGCAUACUGGACCUCAAAAGAAGGCUACCAUGCCGCACUCGCCCAACUCAAGCUGACUGAUCUCUGGACCGGGCUCGGACAAGACAAAGCAGACGUCGGACUCUGGAUCGAGCAUUUCGCUGCUCCGGUAGAAAGGCUCGAAACAAAUUAUGCAAGACUUGACCACAAGCCCGGCCUCGCGCAACUCCCAAACACAGAACAACCACCCCACAACCUGACCGCAUACUGGGGCGCAGGACGAGACAGAAUCCCAGCCUCAGCCCACGACCUCUUCCCAACCCCCAAAGCCAUCAAAACCCCAUCCCCACCACCCCAAGGUUUCAAUCAACGCCUCACCGGCACAAACUACGACAACAUGUGCCACAUCCGUUCGGGCCAAUGGUGGGAGCAAUGCAACGAAACCGAACGCCUCGCCUACGAACAAAACCUCCAAAAAACCCUCAUGACCGGAAUGCAAUACCUCUGGGACCACCCCCUCGAAACCGGAACCCUCGGACUCCGCUUCCUCCAAAACCUCAACUCCCAAGGAGAUCUUAUCAAAGAAACGUGCGCCUGCGGCUUCCAUAAGAACUGGGCCGAUUUGGAAAAAUGGGCGUCCAGACAUGCGAGUCAUUUGGCGAUUUUUAACGGUUCGAUGAGACAUGCGAAGAUGUUUGGGGAGGAGAGGAAAUUCAUGACGUGGCAUGAGGUUUGGAUACUUAAGGAGGGGGAGUGUGGGUUUGAGUAUGUGAAUUGUCAUCCCAAGACGGGGGUGAUUGGGUGGGUGGAGAUGGAGAGGGAGGAUUUGUAG